CUGCAAGAGACGCUGGAUCCUAAGUCUAUUGUGAUAUAAAAAGUUCUCUUUCUCGACACUGGAGCGGGAUCACCGAAUCAAAUUAUUGCAGCCACACCUGUGUCCUGGAACCAGGCAUCCCCUACGGACUCGUCAGCUACCCCAACUUGCGACGCUCUUGAGAAGUGGAGCCCCGGCGCGGAGAUCGCUGCUCCCCAUCCCACUCAAUCCCGCAGUUAUUCUUUCGGUGCUCAACCACACUUCCAAACCUUCGUUCUCCGUCCGCCAUUAUACGCCAGAUUGCCUAUCAGAUCAAACCAACAAACCUUGCUUUUCAUAGUGUGGCAGUCGCCAUCAUCACGAUACCCGCCUACCGCACAAUAACCACACCCCAGUGCUCGCCGGUCAACCACACCUCAAGCUCUCACUGACCAUUCGCCUUGCUGCCUCCGACAGCAACCAUCAUGGGCAAGGUCCCAGCUUCCAUCAUCGUCGCCGAGCAGGCGCCUCUGCUCCCGAAAGGCGGACCUGAAGCCCACUCGGCUGAGGGUAGCUGCUGCAAGAUCCUAUCGACAACCAUCCAGCGCUUUGCUCCCUCCCCGACAAGCCCGAUCGCAAAGAAGUCGUAUCCGAGCAUCGCAGACAUCCCCUUCACAUCGGCCGAACGCCUUGCACAGGCCGCUGUGACCAGCAAUGAGCUGACCGCCAGCCAAAAGAUCGAAGACAUCGCCAACACGACGACAGCGCCUGUCGCACCUCGGACGUAUCUCUACCUCGCAUACGGCUCGAACCUCGCGGCCGAGACCUUCCUCGGCCGCCGGGGGAUCCGGCCCCUCAGCCGUAUCAACGUCUCGGCCCCGGCGUUCGAUCUCAACUUUGCUCUGCCCGGUCUGCCAUACUGGGAGCCGUGUUUUGCCAACGUCGAGCCGCGGCGCAAGAUCCCGCAGCCGCCGCCAGUCCAUCCCCCUCAGCCGCCAGUCAAUCCACCCAAGCCGCCUCCCAUCGACCCUAAUCCGAAGCCGCCAGUCGACCCCCCUCCUGCCUCAUCCCCGGGAGUGCUCUUCCCGUCCCUCCCACCAAGAGACGGCCCGGUCUGGACAAAGGGUCUCUAUGGCGUCGUCUACGAGGUGACGGCCGAGGACUACGCUACCAUUGUCAAAACCGAAGGAGGCGGCUCUUCCUACAAAGACGUCGUGACCCCGUGCAUCCCACUCCCACCGCCCAUGCACAUCCCCGAGACGCCGCUGGUCCCCGAGCUGCCGAAGCCGUUCCUCGCCCACACACUGUACGCACCGCGGCUGCCGAUCCCCAAUCCUCCCGAGGAUGACAGCCCCAACAACGACAACAACAAGAAGAAGAAGGCGAAAAAGUGGCUCGGCAGGCUCCUCCUCCCGAUCCAGCGCCCGCCAGACUACGCCCAGCCCUCACUGCGCUACCUGACCCUGAUCCGGGACGGCGCGCGCGAGAACUACCUUCCGGACGACUACCAGCUCUACCUCGCCGAGCUGCACGACUACGUCAUCACCACGCGCCGCCAGACCCUGGGCAAGUGGCUCUACGCGCUGGUCUGCUUCCCCUGGCUCCUCCUCGUGAUGGGCGGGUCGCGCCUCUUUGCGGACAAGGACACGGGCCGCGUGCCGUCGUGGCUGGGCGUGGCCAUGACGGUGCUUAUGAAUCUGAUGUGGAUGGUCUAUGACGGCGUGUUCAAAAAGUGGUUUGGCGACGGGGAGCGGACGGAGCAGAAGCCCGACGACGAUGGCGGUGAUGACGCGGAUGAAGUCAAUGGCACAAAGGUCAACCAGAAAUGGAACCUGUGGAGCGGCUAUGGGAGGAGAGACCGCCGGAGCUCGUUCGUGCUGCCGGGCCAGGGACUCGGAGCUGUUUGCGACGAGGAGAAGAAUCGGCUGCUGGACGAUUGGUAGGAAGACCGGGCAAGGGGGGGUAACCGUGCGUCGUCGUCGUUGAUUGUACUUUGUAGUGUACUUUGUCCUGGAGUUACACUGAUUGCUGUAAGGCGAAACGCCAUAUACACACGAUGAUAGCCGAGUUUGAAAAGCGAGUGUCAUGUAAUCAAAGUGAUUAUUAUUUGGCCAUGUACACUUGAACCCAAGCCAAAAUGUGCA